CGGAGAGAAAGGGAACUUACAGAGUAUUACACUCAUCAACUGGAGUCAAGUUGGGGUAUUGUGGAUGGUUAGUUAGAUAGAUGAACAGAUCAAGCCAAUACUCUAUUCGGUGUGUAGUGCGCUGUCUCAAAGUCGACCAGCAACAAGAUGAGGGGUACACGGAGGAUUACAGCCACCCGGAUCAUUGCGUACAGGAACCUUGGUAAUUUCAGUGCCAGCUGUGAAUGCUGUUUGAGAACCACGCGAUCAAAAGCGGGUCACCCUUAAACCGUCAACAACUUCGACCAGGCUCUUCCGAGUCGCAACCAUCAAUAACCACGAUACGGCAUCGAGUCGACCGCCGUCAUCGCAACUAUCCCAUUCACCAUGGCUGUUCCGACAACAAACGGCGCUGCGGCUGCAGAUGCCGCGGCCGCCCUCCUUGAUCUCAAGCCGCCCCCGGGCGUCAUCAUCCCACCGCCCGGCGAGAUUCGCGAGGCGAUCGAAAAGACGGCCGGUUAUGUGAUGCGCGGCGGCGCCGGGCUCGAGCAGCGCAUUCGCGACAAUCACGGAAAGAAUCCCAAGUUCAGCUUCUUGAUGUCGAGCUCCGACCCAUACAACGCCUACUACGAAUGGCGCAAGCAGGAAAUCAAGGCCGGGAGGGGGACAGCGGUCGCAGCUGGUCGUGUCGGGGAGGCAGUCGCCCCCGCACAGGAAAAGCCCGCGGGGCCUCCGAAGCCGCCCGAUUUCCAAUUCUCAGCCCGUAUGCCUCGAAUGAGCCAGAAAGACUUGGAGAUUGUGCGACUAACUGCCUUGUUCGUCGCAAAGAACGGGCGUCCCUACAUGACACAGCUUGCUCAGCGUGAGGCAAGCAACCCCCAGUUCCAGUUCCUGAUACCCAACCACACAUUUCACAACUUCUUCCAGAGCAUGGUCGAUCAAUACUCGAUUCUGCUACGCGAGAGCGGCGUCAAUGGCGAAGGAGGCAAGGCGCAGCAAGAGCGUGUCGACCAGUUGCGCCAGAACGUUGCAGACAAAUUUAAGGUUCUGGCCCGCGCAAAGCAGAGGGCGGCAUACGCAAAGUGGCAGGAGGCCGAAAAGGCCAAGCAGGAAGAGGAGGAAGAGAAGAAAAAGAUCGAGUUCGCGCGGAUCGACUGGAACGACUUUGUCGUGGUUGAGACCAUCGUCUUCACCGAGGCCGACGACCAGGCAAAUCUUCCGCCCCCGACGACGCUCAACGAUCUCCAAUACGCCUCGCUAGAGGAGAAGAACAAGGUUUCUGUCAGUUCCACACUCCGUAUCGAGGAAGCCUUUCCCUUCGAGGAGACCACUUACAACGCCUAUCCUCCACAAACAUAUGGUGUGCAGGCUCCGACUUCACAACCACCGCCAACUGCACCCGCCUACCCAGUCGCGAAUGGGCCUAUAGCGCAGUCACCUGCUGCUCCAGUGCCACUUGCCUCGCGCUCAAGAGCAGCAGAAGAGGAGGCAGAGGCGCAGAGGGCACAGGAGAAGGAGCAGGAACGGUUGCGCAUGCAGCAAGCGCAGGCCGAAGCCCGCGGCGGCGUGCCCCCGAUGAAAAUCAAGGAGAACUAUGUCCCGCGCGCGGCACAACGAGCGGCGAGCAAGUUUGGCACGCAGACAGCCAUGUGCCCCAAUUGCAAGCAACAAAUCCCGCUCAAUGAGAUGGACGAGCAUAUGAGAAUCGAAUUGCUUGAUCCACGGUGGAAAGAACAGAAGGCCAAGGCAGACGCUAGAUAUGCCACCACCAACCUCUCUACGGUAGACGUGGCCAACAACCUUAAGCGCCUGGCUAGCCAACGAAGCGACGUGUUUGACACCACCACAGGCCAGCCCGUCUCCGAAGAGGAGCUGGCCCGUAGGAAAAAGGUUGCUCUACAUGCGUUUGACGGCAACCCCGACGGCAAGAGCCAGGCUCACCUGAACCAGCUGCAGACCUCCAACCUGGAUGAGCAGAUCCGGGCAAUUCACCAAAAGUAUGCUGACAAGAAGUGAGCAUCUCACUGAUAUGGAGUGAUGGAUCUCUUGCACCAGUUCUGUCAGCGGAAAGGUUGCCCAGCGCCGGGAUGGAACUUGGGCACAUCUUCACGGACUGUCUCUGAAGUACGGCGGUUUAGCAUUUCCGAAAGGAUUGUUGCGGGUUUCGAGACCAAGGUGAAAGAUGUUCUUUUGUCGGCAGUUUGCAAGGCUCAGUACCAACCGGCAUCCCGGCGGCUUUUCCAAAGGGAAUGAUCCUUGCGAGAGGGCACACGAGACGGGGAUUUGGCGGCACGGAGCGGGAUUGGUAGGUAUGUACGAGUAAGUAGGGAAGCGGUGUGGAAAUACAAUCAGAUGCAUUCUGGGGGAAUGGUAGGAAUGCCAACUAAUCGACUUCUGCUGAACAGGACACAAUAGCGAUCU